ACGUUGCAGCUGGAAUGGAAGACAGUGAACCGUACGUGCAGCACCAAGCCUAUUCUCACAGUGAACGGAGAGUAUCCGGGGCCCACCAUCGCUGUCAAUGAGGGUGAUGAGGUUGAGAUCAAGGUCACUAACAAUGUUGCCUACAACACUACCGUCCACUGGCAUGGAAUAAAGCAAGUGAGGACAGGGUGGGCUGAUGGGCCAGCUUACAUAACCCAGUGCCCCAUACAAACAAACCAAUCUUACACGUACAAAUUCACGGUCAUUAAUCAAAGGGGUACUCUAUGGUGGCAUGCCCAUCUCUCCUGGCAGAGGGCAACUGUCCAUGGAGCUUUCAUCAUCCACCCUCGAUUACCUUAUCCAUUUGCUAUUCCAAUUGAAGCUGAGGUUCCCAUAAUUCUCGGUGAAUGGUGGAAUGAAGAUGUGAUAGCAGUAGAAGCAGAGACGGUAAUGUACGGAGGGGGCCCAGAUGUAUCAAAUGCUUUCACUAUCAACGGAUUGCCAGGACCUUUGUACCCAUGUUCUGUUCAAGGUACACGCCUCUAUAUCUUUUUCAUGACGUGA